AUGUUCACUUCACAUACAUAUAAAAUAAAACAAAUGAAAGCACAUUCAGUAGUAUCGUGGACUUGGUUGGGUUUAGCGAAAAUAAAAGCCAAAUACCUUGGAUUUACCAUGGCUGAUGGAAUUGAAGUUGAACAAAUGGUUGAAUCACGACCAAAAAAGGUAGUUUCAACUGAUCAAGAUGACUGCAAAAUUUCCAUGAAUGUCAGUCGCCACAAAAGCAAUCACGCUGAUGUUAAAUAA